CUUUGUUUUUAAAGCAAAACUCCUUUGAUCUUUCGUAAGAAAAAGAAUUAUGUCAUUUGAAGAUAAAGGUUCACUCAAAGAUGAGAUCCCUCGUCGAGUUGCAAAGUACUCUCCACCACCAUGUGCAUGGGGAGAUUACUUCAUUUCAUCCCAUUCCAACUCCAUGGGCAUAACAAAAAAUGAGGAAGAGGAAAACAUGGUGGAAAAAGAGCUUGAAAAGCUUAAAGAAGAAGUAAUAAGAAUGUUGGUAGCUACCACGGAAAAUUCUCUUGAAAAGUUAAGUUUGAUUGAUUCAAUUCAACGUUUAGGUUUGUCUCACUAUUUCGAUAGAGAAAUUAAUGAAAUCCUAAACAUUCAAAACUCUUUCAAUCUUGAUGACGAUGAUGGAGACAUUUACUAUACUGCCCUCAAAUUUCGAUUGCUUCGACAACAAGGUUGCUUUGUUUCCUGUGAGAUAUUCAACAAAUUUACAAAUGAAGAGGGAGAUUUCAAAGAAUCAGCUGUGAAGGGAAAAAGGGAAAUAAUGAGUUUGUAUGAAGCAUCACAGUGGAGAAUGAAUGGAGAGAUUAUAUUGGAUAAAGCUUUGGCAUUUACAACUACUAAGCUUCAAGAAAUGGCUAUGGAUUCAACCUCUCCCUUUGGAGAUGAAGCUGAAUAUGCUUUGAAAUGGCCAAUCCUUAAAGCUUUGCCAAGGCUUAUCACUAAACACCAGAUCUCUACCUAUGAUAAAGACCCAUUGAAGAUCAAUGUUUUGCUCAAGUUUGCAAAGUUGGAUUACAAUGCUACGCAAAAACUCUACCAAAAAGAACUAUGUGAAGUUUCAAGGUGGUGGAAGGAUUUGAAGUUGAUGAAAGAACUAUCUUUUGCAAGAGAUAGGAUGGUGGAAAGUUACAUUUGGGCAUUGGGAGUAUUUUAUGAACCUAAAUACUCUUAUGGUAGAAUAAUAUUGGCCAAGAUUAUUGUUCUUGCAACCGUUCUUGAUGAUGUAUACGACAUUUAUGCUACAUUCGAUGAGCUUGAACUCUUCACAAAUGUAAUCGAAAGGUGGGAUAUGACUGACAUUGGCAUUGAGAAACUCCCAAAGUGCAUGAAAGUACUCUAUAGAACUAUAUUAAAAGUUUACGAGGAGAUUGAAAAAGAUAUCAACAAGGACAACAUUAUUCCAUACGCUAUUCACUAUGCAAAAGAAGGGAUGAAAAGGCAAUGUAGAGUCUAUUUUGAAGAAGCCAAAUGGUUUCAUGAAGGGUAUGUGCCUACAUUUGAAGAGUACAUGAAAGUAGCAAUUGUGUCAACUUGUUAUUAUCUUUUUGUUCCAAUUUCAUUUGUUGGGAUGGGAAUUGCUGCUUCACAAGAGGCUUUUGAAUGGGUUGAGAGUGAUCCAAUGCUUCUUAAAGCCAGUGGAAUAGUUGGGAGGCUCAUGAAUGACAUAACUUCUCACAAGUAUGAACAAAAGAGAGGUCAUAUGGAUUCUGCUGUUGAGUGCUACAUGAAACAACAUGAAGUAUCAGAAGAAGAUGCCAUAGUUGAAUUAGGAAAAGAAAUCACAAAAGCAUGGAAAGAUGUGAUAGAAGAUUACAUUAUGAAAUCAACAAAGCUUUCAAAUGCAAUCCUUAUGCGUGUGCUGAAUCUUACAAGACUCUCUGACUUGUUCUAUAAGAAGGAAGAUGGUUACACAUUUGUUCAUGGAGACACCAAACAUUUCAUUACUUCUAUGCUUAUAGACCCCAUACCAAUAUGACGACGUAUCUCACAUCUUUAUGAUAAUUCCUAAAGAAUAAUUUGCACUUUUAUCCUACUAAGUGUGUGUUUAUGAAAUGGUUGAAAGUACUUUUAGAGAUUUGGUGUGUAUAGGGUGUAUUUUGUAAGUUUGCUAUAUGAACUCUUGUCCAAUAAGAUGUUUUUUUAAAAAGAAAAUUUAAGGUUUUAUUUUAGAAAGAUUUGAUUCA